AUGGAUAAUACAACCAAUGUAACUCAUACCCCGUUAGAAAUUAUUGCUAUCAAAUCUAUUAUUUUUACUAUUGCUGCUAUUGCUGCUGUUAUUGGUAAUACCUUGGUUGUUAUAGUCAUUUUUCAAUAUAAUUCUACUCAAACUGUAACAAACUAUCUAGUAAUGAAUUUAUCUAUUUUCGGCACUAUGAAUGGACUAGUCCGUUUGCCUCUCUAUAUAGUUAAUAUUAUAGCCGAUAGGCAGUAUUAUGAUCAAGUUGGUUGUGCCUUUCAUGCUUAUCUUGGAGGUAUAAUUUUUAUUGGUACUAUUCAUAAUUUAAUGUGGAUAGCUGUAGUACGCUAUCUUGUCGUUGUAAAAUCUAAAAAGUUGAAACCAAGACAUGCAUACUAUUUUAUUGGUAUUAUUUGGGCAACAUGUACUUUGACACCGGCUGUAUCGUUUCUAGGAUGGGGUAAAUUUGUUUAUGUAGAGAUUGAGAAAGGUUGUAUUCCUAGCUGGGAUAAGACUGGCAUAAUUGGAAUAGCUAGAGGCAUCUAUUCUGCUAUUUUCCACUAUGCUACGCCUUUACUUACUAUAAUUUACUGUUAUUCAUUUAUAUUUAUCUUUCUGGAAAAGAAACAACAAC